AUGCCAACCAAAUUCUCGAAACCAGUGCACAUUUGGGACGCAGAAAGGCAGAUGAGUUCUCAAAAAGGGCCGAAGAUGUCGCAGCACAGCCUCAGUGCUAGAAAACGGCAGAUUUUUCGAACUGUCUUCGAGAUUGAUUGCAGCAAAAGUCACAUUGAUAACAUCCACUUCUCUCGGAAAUUUGAAUCAUCUAACUCCUCGCUCAUCACACAUUCCGUUGAGACAUGGCAUCAAACGCAAUGGGACGCAGCUUGGGACCUAGUCACUCACUCACUUAGCGAUGCUUAUUUGAGUGAAAUUCAAGGCCUAUCAAAAAAAGCCAAAAAUGGCAUAGAAAUAGUUGAUACCCAAAUUUUGUCUGCGUUGCAAAUUCUACUGUUCCCGGAUGAAUAUGUGCCUCAGGCAUUAAAUAAACGUGAAAUUGUUUUAUGGUAUUCAUCACAAGUUCGAUUACACUUUCUCAACCAAGCUCUACCUCAGAUACUCAGAUUCAAGGAGGAAAAAUGGGAGCCAGAUAUCACUUUGUAUCGGAGCACUCAGCUUUUAGAAGUGGUUCUCCACCAGUAUCAUCGUGGACUUUUAAUUAUCGAAAAACAAAUUGAAUUAUCUGCACGUGGCACCUCCUAUUCUGUUGUGUCCAGGUUUAUUAGGGACCUCAAUACAAUUGUCAGUAAUUCUACUAUGGAAGUCCUCGCAGAAUGUAUCUCGUCAGUUCUUCAGCGCUAUAUAGCUCUAGUUCUUGGACUGCCAUCACGUGUAAACCCAAGGGCCAAGUCAAUAGGUGUAGAGGAUCACGAAUCUGAAAAUGCACGACGGGCAGCACUUGGACUUAUAGAAAAACUUAAAAACAUUGGUCUGGCCGGCGAAAGGUUUCAAGUUAUUUUUGCUGAAAGUAUGAAUUCUGCCGUUUCAGAAUUUGUCUAUGAGGGAUUCAAAGAUACUUGGUCAUUAGAUAACCCGGUAAUUAUUUCUAGCUCGCAAGACCGCAACUUGUCUUUCGGAAUUAUCAAUUUAGAUACAACACAAACGAAGACACACUCGUCUAAAUGUGUGCUAGACAUCCGUGAGUGGGUAAAAGAAAGAUAUACAAAGCUUGUGGUGCAAGUGUUAGGCUUGCUUGAUAAUGGGAUUAAUUUAUCAUGGGUAGAACAAGAAAAAUAUAAGGAGAUGAGCAUUGCUAGACUUGCAGCACUCCGCACUAAAGAGUUAUUCAAUAUUAUUCAAAGUUGGCCCCAAGCUCAUGGGGCCUUGAGUGAUCUUCGAACUGCAAUAACCUCGACUCAGAGACGACUUUAUUUGACAGAAAACUUCUCUCGGGUUCUAGCUUCUAGAGUUCUACACCCAGCAGCAUCGACAACACAUAUUCUGAAAACUUACAUUUCAAUAAUAAGAUCUUUCCACUCACUUGAUCAUUCAAAAGUUCUGCUAGAUCGAGUCGCAUACCCACUACAGUUGUAUCUAAGUACUCGCGAAGAUACUGUGCAGAUCAUUAUUUCUAGUCUCCUGGCGGAUAUAGAUGAAGGUAAAAGCGCUCAUGAAGAAGAAAAGCUAACGGAAUUAGCUCACCUACUGCAUACUGAAGCUAAGCCUUUUGGGUCUAGAAUUGAUGAUGAAGGACAAGAUUGGAAUGACAUGGAAUGGAUUCCCGAUCCUGUUGACGCAGGACCAGGCUACAAAAGAUCAAAAGAUCUUGAUAUUCUCGGGACUCUUGUUGGAGAUUUUGGUACGCAAGAAGUGUUUAUCAAGGAAUUUCAAAGGAUAAUUGCAGGUCGCUUCUUGAAAUAUAAUGGAGACUUUUCUAGCGAAAUAAAAGUCUUGGAGCUGCUAAAGUUGCGCUUCGGGGAGGCUCCACUCCAGGCGUGUGAAGUCAUGCUUCGAGAUAUUCAAGAUUCUGAAAGGCUUAAUGGCGUUAUUCGUAGAAUACAGAAGCUUGAUCCUAGUAAACAAGAAAUAAAACUAGCAAAUCAAUCCUCUUCGCAAUUAGCCAAAGGCAAUGCUGAAGGACUUAUUAAACCUUCUCUCCACGCUAAGAUUCUCUCGCGACUCUUCUGGCCUGAGCUUCUUGCGGAAACCUAUCAAAUACCUGAUGAAGUUGCCGAGCUCCAGAAGAAGUAUGAAGAAGGAUUUCAAACAGUCAAGGCAUCUAGAAAGCUAUCUUGGAAUCAUAUGCUAGGCCAUGCAACUAUUGAACUUGAGCUUGAAGAUAGAUAUCUAGUGGAAGAGGUGCACACGUGGCAGGCUGCAGUCAUUUGGGCUUUUCAAAGUGAAAAUGCAGUUGGCACUAGUCUAACCCGUAGCGUUCAAGAACUAACCGAAUAUCUUGGAAUGGAUGAAAGUGUCAUCCGACGCGCUCUUAAAUUUUGGAACCAAAAACUGAUCUUGCACGAGCUUCAGCCCGAUACUUUUACAGUGCUUGAAAGCCUCAGCUCCGUUGAGCGUGCUCGAUCGAAUAACAAGCGAGUAAGCGGUGUGAUACCAAGUAAUCCAGAUGAGAGUGAUAUGCAACAUUCACGCAAUCUUGAGACAGAUGGUAGCGGAGUUUUGAAAGAAAUGGACAUGUACUGGCAAUAUAUUGUUGGAAUGCUCACCAAUUCAGCAAGCCAAAUGCCAUUGCCACAGAUAACAAUGAUCCUUAAGAUGCUCCUGGUAGAUGGCUUCCCACACAGCGAUGAGAAGUUGCGAAAUUUCCUCGCCCGGAAAAUUGAUGAGGGAGCACUAGAGCUUGUCGCAGGCAAAUAUCGCCUGAAAAAGUGA